UAAAUUGGCUUGGCUACAAUGUAUCGAUAGGUCGCUAUAAGAGCCAAUCGUUGUAUUCAAGCGCUGCCAACUUCACCUGCGAGAGACAAGACAAGCUGUGCGCGUAAAUUGUUUAAGAAAACGAAAUAAAAAAACAGGAAAUGAGCACCCAGAAAACAACUGCCGACGGCUUCGACGCCUUCAUUGCGGACAUGGCCAGUCUCCAUAUGAACUCGGACGUAGAGUUCCUGGUGGAGGGUCAGCGCUUGCCGGGCCACCGCCAAGUUCUGGCGUCGCGCAGCGAGUACUUUCGCGCCCUUCUCUGUGGCAGCAUGGUUGAGUCGAGGCAACGAACAGUUCGGCUUAAGGUGCCGCUUGAGCCUUUCAAGGUAAUCCUCGAGUACCUUCACACGGGCAAGCUACCGCUUUCCUCACUAGACGUGGAUAUGUUAAUCGAUGUGCUCGAUUUGGCACAUUUUUACUGCUUGGUCUCCGUUGAGACCCUUAUAACCGGAUACCUCCAGCAGAAGAUGUCCGUCAGCCACGUGUGCGCGAUCCUAGAUGCGGCCAAGCACUGCAAUCGGGAGCAGAGCAUCGAAGAAUGCCACAAGUUCAUGGAACAAAAUGCAUACGACGUACUCAAACAUGACUCCUGAGGAGUCCGCUCCGUUUUACGGACAACCCGAAUGAGCUAGUCAUCCAGCUGUUCGCGGUUUUUCUAAUUAACCAGAUAUAUAUUUGGAGCUACAGCUGCAGCCAUUCAGAAAUCCGCGUGGAGGUCUCAUGCGACCAGACUCACUGGGAUCAUGUGAAAACGGUCAGCACAAGUCGCGCCGUCUGCCAUAUAUUUGUAAUGGGCUUUGCGAAGCGUCCCGUUCGGUACAUUCGGAUUAAAAGUUGUACAGGGUUGGAUCUCAGUGUGAUGGCCAUGUUGGUCAGAGUUCCCUGAGUGAAGGUCACUUCUGACAGCUCUUCAAAUAUAGUUUCCAAUGAUUAAAGAACAACAAUUUGGGCACCAGCUAAUUGGUGUAUAUGCUGAUACGAAUAAAAUCCACUUAAUUCAAAGCUGUUCUCACU